AUGAGUUUUUUUGGGUACCGUCGAGAGCUGAGUAAGUACGAAGACGUCGAUGAGGAUGAGCUUUUGGCUUCUCUCAGUCCUGAGGAGCUGGCUGAGUUGGAAAAAGAGCUGGCGGACAUUGAUCCUGAUGCCAAUGUGCCCAUAGGACUAAGACAAAGGGAUCAGACCGACAAGUCUCCAACAGGCACCUUCAGCAGAGAGGCCCUCAUGAAGUAUUGGGAAAAUGAGACACGUAGACUUUUGGAGGAUGAGAUGGGUGGAGGAAGGCCCAAACCGGUCAGAGACAGUGAAGCAGACGAUGACAAAGAUGAUGAAAAUGAGAAAGAACAGAAAAUGUAUAAUAGGAAGGAAGAAGAAGAGGAACAGGAGGAUGAGGAUGAAGAAGAAGAAGAAGAAGGAGUUGAGGAGAGUGAGGAAGAGGAGCAAGCUGUGACAGAAGAGGAAGAAGAUGAUGAGGAGGAGGAAGAACAAAAUAAUAAAUCAACACCUGAACCCAUAAAGGACUGUGGUCAGGACACAUCGUGGGCUGACACCCCAAAGCUACUAAAACCUCAGAGGGUGGAGCCUAUGAGACUGACUCCCCCACCUCCACCUGCUGACACCAACACCAUCGGAAACCCAACUGUUGUUGAUGACGCUCUGCAGCGGGUUAUUAAUAAUGAUCCUGAACUCACAGAGGUUAAUCUCAACAACAUUGACGAUAUCUCACAGGAAACCCUCAUCAGAUUUGCAGAAUCACUGAGGUCCAACACAAAUGUGCGGGUCUUUAGCCUUGCGAACACCCGAGCGGAUGACCCUGUCGCUUUGGCCAUUGCUAAGAUGCUCAGGGAAAACUCAUCCAUCACUAGUCUGAAUAUAGAAUCCAACUAUGUGACUGGGAAGGGUGUGAUGGCCCUGGUUCAAGCACUUCCAGGGAACAACACUCUGACUGAACUUCGGUUCCAAAACCAGAGACACAUGUGUGGAGGACAGGUAGAGAUGGAAAUGGUUAAGAUUCUGAGGGAAAACUACACUUUGAUCAGGCUGGGUUACCAGUUCAAUUUACCAGGUCCCAGAAUGAGCAUGACAGGGAUCCUCACCAGGAACCAGGAUCGUCAAAGACAAAAGCGUCUACAGGAGCAAAGGCAGAAACAACAGGGGCAACUGGGGGAUCUACUGUAUUUUCCUGUCUGGCUCUAGAGAGGUACACCCAGUUCAUCACCCUAUAACUCUCCUUGGUCCUCACCCAAACUUACCCGGAGUGACCUGGCUAUAAAACAGGCUCCUCCUGCUCCCCCUCCUCCUCCCCCACCUCCACCGCCACCUCCACCGCCACCUCCUCCCCUACAGCGGGAGAAGAAGAAGCCCACCAGGAUGAUCGCUCAGGUCAUCAAGGCACAUGAGGCGGGAAGCAGGAAGCUGACAAAAACAAAAGGGAAAAAAGGCAAGAAGGGAAAGGGGAAGGAGUCAAGGACAGACAAUGAGACGAGCAGCAUCCUGAAGGAGCUCAAGAAUGCACUGAGGCCCGUGUCAGUGGAGAGGAGAGGGGAGGAGAGUAGCAGGCCGUCCACACCAAUGAGGUCAGCCCAUGACCAGCUGAUGGAGUCCAUCCGCAACAGCAACAUCCGCAGCCUGAAACGGGUGAUGAGGACUAUAUUCAUCACUCCCUACAAACAGAUGCAAAUACUCAAGUUACAAGCUUGA